AUGAAGUUCGGCAGAAACCUCCCCCGCAACCAAGUCCCUGAGUGGGCGGCCUUUUACAUCAACUACAAAGGCCUGAAGAAGCUGAUCAAGGCCGCGGCGCAGUCGGCCAAGGAUGGAGAGAAGGUGGAUCUUGCAGAAUUCUUCUUUGCCCUGGACCGCAACCUCGAAGAUGUCGACAGCUUCUACAAUCGCAAGCUUGGCGAAGCCGUUCGUCGUCUCAACCUCCUACGCGACCGAUAUGGCCGCAUCCACGACCUCGUCUCCAACCUCGACGAGGAUGAGACCGAGGAGCUCAUGGGCGCUCUAUAUGAGAUGCGCAUCAUGCUGAGGAACCUCAAUUGGUUCGCCGAAAUCAACCGCAGGGGCUUCGUCAAGAUCACAAAGAAGCUCGAUAAGAAGCUCCCCGAAACCGCCUCUCAGCACCGCUACAUCUCAACCAAGGUCGACCCGCUGCCCUUUGCCAAGGACACUACCGGCACGCGCCUCCUUGCGGAGAUCAACAAAUGGAUCUCUGCCCUGGGCGAGGCUCGCAACAUUGACGACUCCAAAUCCGACAGAUCAGUGCGGUCGCUCGGUCGCGUGUCUUCCAAGGCCAUGUUGACCUUGUCACAAGGCUUGCUCGACACUCUGGAGCAAGCUAUUCGUACCGACGACGUCGAGUCGUUGAAGGCUGGUUUAAAGGAGGGGAAUUUGACCUCUGAGCAGGCAUCUCAGAGUUUGCUUCUGAACCUGCUGCAGCGCUCCAUUGCUGCAAGGUCCAGGGCUAGCAUCGCCUAUCUUAUCGAUCAGCUGCCGUCUAUCAACGAGCCCGACGACAUUAACGAGCGAAACUGCAUUCACAGGCUCGUCAUCCACAUCGGUCGCACCAAGUCUUCUGACCCUGACAACGAGCCGAGAUCUUACCCCUUCCCGAUUGGCACUCAGUUUACUGCUCACGACCUUCAGCCAGCAGUCUCGCAAACAAUCGCCCCUCGGGCGCUCAAUCAGAAUGAGACUAAGCUGCUCGGUAAAGACGACGAGGCAGUUCAAACUCUCAUGUAUCUUCUCGACACCCUGAAGCCUGAUCACAGAGAAGCUCUCGUUGCGAGAGACUCGUUUGGACGACUGCCGCUUCAUUAUGCCGCCCGAUUCGGCUUCGUGGUUGUCUGCCAGAUCAUCAUGGCCAAGAUGCAGGAGUGGGGUCAGUUCGACGACAACGACGGCUACGCCCCUCUGCACUUGAGCGUUGUGGGCGGACACCCUCUGACGACCAAGGCCCUUCUCCAGGGAGAGAACUGGCAGGGUGUCAGUGUCAAAAAGGCCGAAAUGAGACGAACGGUGUCCAAAUCUGGCGCAGUUCUCGCCAUGGCCACCAAGUCCAAUUACAAGGUCAUCGUAGAGAUGCUCGUUGAAGCUGGCGUUGACAUCAACUGGCAGGACAAGACGGGUGAAACCGCACUGCACCUUGCCGCCCGCUUUGGACACGACGAGAUUGCCAAGUCCCUGAUCAAGGGCACUGAUGAGCAAAGGGCCGACCUCGAAAUCGCGGAGAACACCUACGCCUGGACACCGCUUCACGUUGCUGCUGUCGACGGUCACCUCUCGAUGGUUCAGUUGCUUGUCGACUCUGGUGCAGUCGUCGCUAAGGCAGACUCAUCUGGCUGGACCGCCAAGGAACACGCUGCGCUGCGUGGCCACUUGGAUAUCGCCAGGAUCCUGGCGAACCAAGCGGAAGCUGAAAUUAUCCAGCCUACGAACAACCUCAAGAUUUCCAACGAGAGCUCUCCCCGCUCUUCGUCGCCCGAGAACACUUCGUCGAUUGAUGGCCGUAAGUCGGAUGGAUACGUCCGCCCGGUCGAGCCGGUCAAGACGUUUGGCCAUCGCUACCUCACCGAUAAGAGCAUGGUGCUCGUCAGCCUCGGGUCUAUGGAUAUGCGCAAGAACCUCGAGGCCGUUAAGCUCGACCGUGUGCCCUUGACCGAAGCUCAUUUGACCGAACUCGACACGGCUCUGUCUAUUGUUGUCUCGGCCAGUGGUGCUCAGGGCGAGCCCACCAUUGUUGACUUGCCCGUCCAUGAAACCGUCUCCACGGAGCCCAUUGUGUUCACAGCGGCAGACCCCUCCCAAGUCAAGCUGAUGUUCGACAUUGUUCCAACUUACUCUGGAAAUGAGAAGAACAAGAUCGGACGUGGAGUGGCCCUCCUCUCCUCCAUCAGGCCCACUCUGGGCACGAAGCGCAUGAACCUCCAGGGUGAUGUCUGUGUGCCAAUCCUGGCGAACAACCUGGAUGUCAUUGGUACUGUCAACUUCAACUUCUUGGUUGUCACCCCCUUCUCGCAUCCCAACAUGGAGAUCAACUCUCAGCAGACAUACUGGAAGAAACUGGCCACGACGAUGGUCAUUGGUCACCGCGGCAUGGGUAAGAACAUGACGAGCAACAAGUCUCUUCAGCUUGGAGAAAACACGGUGCCUUCCUUUAUCGCGGCAGCCAACCUGGGCGCCCAGUAUGUCGAGUUCGACGUGCAGCUUACCAAGGAUCACGUCCCGGUUAUCUACCACGACUUCCUUGUCAGCGAGACCGGCAUCGAUGCACCAGUUCACACUUUGACCUUGGAGCAAUUCCUGCACAUCAACCCCGACUCUAACCGCACAAACGGUAUCAAUGCGGUCAAUGAAAGAAUCGAAAAGGUUCGCAACAACGCCCCGGGUCCCAGGCAGCGAUCUUUGUCCAUGGGCUACGCUGGCGACAGUCUCAAUGGAGGCGGUCUUGAAGAGCGCAUGAAGCACACUCGUGACUUCAAGAACAAGGGCUACAAGGCCAACUCCCGUGGCAAUUUCAUUCAGGCACCGUUCGCCACCUUGGAAGACCUUUUCCGGCAACUCCCCGAGCACAUUGGCUUCAACAUUGAGAUGAAGUACCCCAUGCUUCACGAGAGUGAAGAGCAGGAGAUGGACACGUAUGCCGUCGAGCUGAACUCCUUCUGCGACACGGUCUUGUCCAAGGUCUACGACCUGGCAGGCAACAGACACAUCAUCUUCAGCUCUUUCAACCCUGACAUCUGUCUUUGCUUGAGUUUCAAGCAGCCGUCGAUCCCCAUCAUGUUCUUGACUGAUGCGGGCACCUCCCCCGUCGGCGACAUCAGAGCGUCCUCCCUGCAGGAGGCCAUCCGAUUUGCCAGUCGCUGGAACUUGAUUGGAAUCGUCAGCGCCGCCGAGCCGCUCAUCAACAGCCCCGGCUGUUACGGAACGUUGAACAACAACCCCAUCAUGGUUCAACGUCAAGUGAAGGAGGGCAUCGAUGCAGUCAUCGUAGACAACGUCCUCGCCAUCAGAAAGGGCCUCACGACCACCGAUGCCGAGGCUGUCAAUGGCGGGGUCGACAACUCGGAGGGGUCGGAGGGCGGCGACUCGGCUUAG